ACGUGAUUUUGCUCAUCGGGACCCUUUUGCGGUACAUCCGUUGGUGUUGGUGGGCCAGGCAGACCCGUCCAACUGUCCUCACCCACCCUCACAUACCGCCCAAGGCUGCCACAGCAACCCUCCGCAUUUCCCUUUGAAUUCGAAGUCGCCGCAUUCUUUCCUCCUUGCUACUCUCAUUCACUCUUCACGCAAUGUCAAACCCGCCACUGCGAAGGUCAACUCGUGCAGGUUCUGCCAAACCUGAAGGAGCGCCGGUGGCAAGGGCCGCGCCUCUGCCAGCAGUAAACGGCAAACAUACUGCAGCCAAGCCGACGAAACCAUCGAGGAGAACCGCCUCUCAGCCUACUAAGCGGCCUGGGUCGCCUACAUCCUCACCCCCAAAGAAACGCGCACGGUCGGCAGCACCUCAGUCAGAUACAGAGGAUACGAAAAAGUCAUCCCUAAGGAAGACCUCUUCCGGAAGGAGAUUAGCCAGAAAGCCAACUGCAAAUGGUCUUCCCGCUGUCGCGGAAGAACCUCAACAACUUAAACCGUAUUUUAAUCCCUAUACUGUCACCCCCGGUGCCCAAACAGCCAGCAGCCCAACUUUUUUUUGGCAUGGGUCCGGACUUUCUCGGAGAGUUUUCAUCCCCGAAGAGAAAUACAUGGGUAGAUCAAAAAAUCACUGGCCUGGAGGCCAUUGCAGCGGGAGGCUUGCAUACCCUUUUCAUCGAUCAGAAGGGAGCGCGAUUGUCUGGUCUUGCGGCGUCAACGACGAUGCUGCUCUCGGUCGUAUCACGAAAGACGUCUCCGAUCCCCAAAAUCCUGGUUCAUUCAUGGACGUGGACACAUUAACAGCUAUUCCUCAUCCCAUACAGAGUUUGUUAGAUGAGAAUUUCCGCGCUGUCCAAGUAACUGCCGGAGACAGUAUAUCUGCAGCCGUCAGCGCUGAUGGUGAGCUGCGAGUAUGGGGUUCUUUCAGAGCUGCGGAAGGAUCGCUCGGGUUCUCCUCGGCCGCUCGACACGAAUUCUUCCCCAGAAAAAUACUGGAGCUCAGUCAUAAACCAGGAGACACCGAGAAGGUUGUCUCGGUCGCUGCCGGUAACAACCAUCUGGUGGUUCUGACAACCCAUGGUAAUGUCUUCACCUGGGGGACCGGUGAGCAUGGACAGCUUGGUCGGAAAAUUAUCGACCGCCGUAAAAUCCAUGGUACGGUCCCAGAAAAAAUUACCUUGGGCAACCGGUCAAAUCGGGCCGUUGUCAUAGGAGCGGGCAACUAUUGCUCCUUUGCUGUAGAUGAAAUCGGGGAUGUCUGGGGGUGGGGGCUCAAUACAAUGGGUCAAACUGGUACAGGUGUCUCGGAGCUCCGAUCGACGUCGGAUGAAAUACACACCCCGCGGAAAGUUCACUCGCUUUGCAAAAGCACCUUGGAUGAAGAGGUCGUCCAGAUAGCAGGCGGAGAACACCACACACUAUUUCUGACAUCUUCUGGGCGCGUCUUCGCCUGUGGAAGGUGCGAUGGUGGCCAGCUUGGUCUGGCGGAAGGCAAUUCAACGUAUAACUCACGACCUAACCCUGAUUUCGUCGCCGAACCUCUGGAAAUCGUCUUCGAUGAUUCCAGUGAUCCUAUCACUUCCAUUGCCUCAGGUACCCAUAACAACAUGGCCAUUACCCGUGCUGGCGUUCUGUACGCUUGGGGUCAAGAAUCACAGGGAGAGCUGGGCGUUAAGGAAGUAGAGGCGAAGACACCGACAGUAGUUGUGCGCAGGGAAGGGUCAUUUGAGGCCGUCGCUGUUGCAUGUGGUGGUCAACACUCCCUUGGCUUAUUCAGAAAGAAGGCAUGAUAGCACAUUCUCAUCACCGAACGCUAAUCUUGCCUUGUUAUUCACUAUGCCGCGUAUACCGGCGUCCUGCCAACCAUAGACAACUGAGCGCUGAUUCCAAAAGCUUUUCAUAUGUACAUACUAUCGUAGGUACUUCACGCAUAGUCUAGUCUCGGACUUUCGGUUGCGAGAGAAAAGAAAACCUAUCCAUGAUUUACCUGGAACUCAGUAAUCACUGAGUCAAGGAAAUGUU